AUGUCUGAAGAUCUUAUGUUAAAGAAGGCUGAAGAACUGAAGAAAAAGGGGAAUGAUCAGUUGAAGAAAAAAGACUACGAUAAAGCCAUCGACUUUUACACGCAAGCUAUAGAAAUUAAGCCAACAUCCGUCUUUUACUCAAAUAGAGCACAGGCAAAUAUUAAGAAGGAGAACUUUGGGCUUGCGUUAAACGAUGCAAAUGAUGCUAUUAAAUUAAAUCCACAGUAUCUGAAAGGAUAUUAUAGACGAGCCGUUGCUUAUAGUGGAAUGAUUGAGUAUAAGAACUCACUUAAAGAUAUAAAACACGUUCUUUCUAAGGCUCCAAACGAUAAAAACGCAAAGAAGCUGGAAAAGAAUUUGGAGAAGAUGAUCAGGCAGAUACGGUUUGAGCAAGCUAUACAGGUGGAGGAGGAUCGCUCAAUUUUGGACCAGCUAGAUUUUGCUAAUAUGUUGGAUGAAAAAAACGAUAGUAGCAAUAGAUUGCCUGAACUAGACAUUCAUAUUACGAAAGAGGCCAAGAGGCAAAAGGUUAGCGUUGAUAUGACCUUCGAUUACAUUGAGAAAAUGGUCAAAUUGUUUAAGGAUGGGAAGACACUUCCAAAAAAACACGCAUAUGCUAUUGUUUCAGCUACGGCCGAAUUGUUCAGAAAUGAGAAAGCACUUGUUGAACUCAGCCUUCCCGGAGAUGAGAAUGCAAAGAAAAAUUGUAGAUCCGCGACUGCGAAAAAGAUAACUGUUUGUGGAGAUACACACGGACAAUUUUACGAUGUUUUAAACAUAUUCGGGAAGUUCGGUAAGGUGAGUCCAGAGCACACAUACCUAUUCAACGGUGAUUUCGUUGACAGAGGCUCUUGGUCCUGUGAAGUUGCCUUUUUGCUUUACAGCUUGAAACUUCUCUAUCCUGACAACCUCUUUAUUGAUCGUGGAAAUCACGAGACUGAUGAUAUGAAUCAGGUGUACGGGUUCCAAGGUGAGGUUAAGGCAAAAUACACAGACAGACUUUUCCGGUGCUUCUCAGAGUCAUUUAACUGUCUUCCAUACUCCACGCUGAUUGGACACCAGUAUCUUGUGAUGCAUGGCGGUCUUUUCAGUUCUGAUGACGUGACUUUGGACGAUAUUCGUAAUAUUGAUAGGUUUAAACACAGACAACCACCUAAAGAGGGUCUUGAGAUGGAGUUGUUGUGGACUGAUCCUCAACCAGCCGAAGGAAGAUCACCCUCUAAGAGAGGAAUCGGCCUUCAGUUUGGUCCGGAUGUUACGAAGAAGUUUUGCGAGAAGAAUGAUUUGAAGAUGAUUAUUAGAUCACAUGAAGUGAGAAUAGGAGGUUAUGAGAUAGAGCAUGAGGGUAAGCUUGCAACAGUUUUUAGCGCUCCUCAUUACUGUGACUCAGAGACAAACUUAGGUGCUGUGAUGAAUGUCACUUUUGGAAGUGACCUCAAGUAUCACGAAGAAUUCGAUACAUUUGAAGCUGUUCCUCAUCCGGACAUCCCUCCUAUGGCAUAUUGCCAGGAUAGACUUGGAUUCUGA